UUUUGCUUAAGUGGGGUGUCUUAUUUGAUUAUACAAGGUCUACUGAGAUUUUCAAUUGCCAACUUCAUUCUGUAUCUGUGCAAAGUCUAGUUGACAUCAAGCUAAUGUUCAAAUAUUGCAGAUUGACCGCGAAUACAGUUACAUACUACCUCUUCACAUUUCAUAAACAUUUGAACCAAACGCGGAGCACUUAUUAUGCCUGUCAUGCCUACACUUCCAAAGCCGUCUCGUGUUCGAGAACUUGAUCUCCUUGACAAAGUCGCUGUCAUUAGCGGUGCAUCCCGCAGUAUUGGCCGUGCAAUUGCCUUCAACCUUGCAUCUCGUGGAUGUUCCAUCCUUGGGACCUGCACUAGCGACAUCGGUGUCAAAAAUAUUUCAUCGAUCUUUGACAAUGAGGUCAGUAGCCAUAUCUUCGAUGCCACGUCGCGAGUGAGACCUGCUAGUCUUAGGGUUAAAGGCCUCGUCGCGGACAUCUUCUCACCCACCUGCGCCCGCACAAUUGCCGAUGAGAUCAACAACACCUUCAACGGUCGCUUGGAUAUUUUUAUCAACUGCGCUAGUGAUCCAAAUCCUGGCAUUAUUGGCGAGAUGAACACCGAUGAGGUUCAGCGGAGCUUACUCGGCAAUAUACAGACGCCAGUCAUGAUUGUCGAAGAGUUUGUUCGCCGACGUUACUUCAAACCGAACAGUCGUAUCAUUUAUAUUUCGUCUAUCCGGUCACGCCAGCCAUGGAGUGAACAGCUUAUGUACGGCGCAGGCAAAUCAGCUGGCGAGUCACUUUGCCGGACAUGGGCCCAGGCUUUUGGUGGAAAGGAGGAGAGGUAUUCCUUCAUGGCAGGGACCACAGCCAACGCUGUGACUGUCGGCUUGACCGAGACGGAAGCCGUCGUCAACUGCGGAUCUGAAGCAGUGCAACAAUUUCAGGAUGAGUUCUUCCCCUCGCAAAGCAUACCGCGCUUUGGACAGCCUGAUGAUGUGGCGGAUGUGGUGGGACUUCUUUGCGGUUCGGACGCACGAUGGAUUACAGGAUGUGUCGUCAGUGCCAGUGGAGGUGGAAUUAAAAUUGGCUGAUCAGUGCUGGACAACGAGAACGAAGUCCUGGGUUUAGAACUCUAUAUAUGCUUAACCUCCGAACCUAAUCAACGCCAUAGUGAUCCGAU